AUGAUGCUUAGAUUUGCUGCAUGUGGAUUCCUCUUCAUCUGCAUCCUGGCACUUGGGACAGAACAAGUAGAUGCUGGAUCAAGCUUCCUGAGUCCUGCUGGUACCAAGCCUCAGCUGGGAAAGCCUGUGAAAAAGCCCGCUGCACCCAAGAUGACACGUCGAGAUUCAGAAAGCACAGUGGAGAUUUUGGAAGGGCAAUUUCAUGACAUUGGAGACAACAAAAUAAUGUUCAGUGCUCCUUUUGAAAUCGGUAUCCCGAUGUCAGAAUCUCAGUAUCAGGAGUAUGGGCACCUGUUGCAAAAACUCACAGAGGACGUUCUAACUGAUAAUAGUGAAGAACCUCUGAACAUUCACAUCCUGUCUGUGCUGGACCUGCUGGCCAAACAGGUGGAGUUCAAGGACAGGAUGCAAGAUUUUAAUUCUGGAUAG